AAUCAUUCGGCCAGAUAAACCGCAUAACGGGAAGCGCGCUUUAUUCCUAAUUUAGUUAAUACCCAUGUUUCACAGCGUUCAAAGUUGUGUCAUCGGAAGCUUUAAUUGCGACUUUAAACAAUAAAGUUCCACUAACCGUUGGAUGAGUGUAGUGGAGUGACUGAUGCGGUCACGAUGCCAAAAAUCGCAAAAAUAUCAGUCGAAAAGUUCGAUAGCAAAGAGCAAACACUCUUUGACUUUGAUAAAAGCGCCGGCCUGGAGGAAAAUGUGGCAUCAAUUUGCCACAAACUGGGCCUGCCGAAGUCGGACGUUUACGGAGUGAAAUACAAUCCGUUCGCCAGCAAGAUGAAGAACCACUACAUUUCCGAGAGCAACUUUCACGAAAUCAAACACGGCGAUUGCUUGAAAGUGGUCUUUUCCAUCAAGUACAUCAUCAGACGAAUCGCGGACAACAUUCGCAAACAGAGCCCCGAAUUGCGCCAGAUCGCGUUCGAAGACGUGGCGCGGCUCAGUCUCGACCCAAUCUUCAUCCAAGAGCUGGCGCUGAGCCAAGAAGACAAGAUUCUAGUCAAAGUUUUCGUUGAAGAUCACCUGGCAUCUGAAGAACAAACCGGGCUACUGCGAACAGUGGUGCACUUGUUCUCCAAAGGCUACAUCCACGACACAUCGCAGAAUAUUCUGGAUAAAACGCUGAAGAUUCUGCGAAACUCCGAUGCCACCAAUGAGGAGCUUCGCUUCGCCCUCUCUUUGCUGCACAAGAUUUUAAUCAGCUCCAAUGCCAAGUUCAGCAAAUGGAAAGAGAGGAUCGUACGGGAGGUCGCGAUAACCGAACUCAACCCUUACACUUGGAGGACCUCCUCACGCGACCUGCAGUACAGUGCGCUGCUGCUCAUCAACACCAUCAUCAGGAUUUGCAAGGGCGAGAAAAAAACCAAGUUGAUCAGGGAGAUGAACUUGCGCAAGACCAGGGAGAACAUCUACAGCAACAUAAUAAAAGAGGGCUCUCUGGACAAGAGCAUGGAGCAUGAGCUCUACGUGUUACAGACGCACUUGCUGAGCCUCUUCAGUGAGGCGCUGCACAGCAAAAUUUCCUUGGACGACAACAGCCUUUUCAGCCGCGAAGAGUUCGAGCUCUGCUCGGACGAUAUGCGCCGAAUAACCAUUCUGAUGGACUUCGAUGAGGAAAACAUCCAAAACUACGUGUCGGUGGAAAACCUCACAUUCAACUAUCGCGACUCCAAGCUGUCGUUGGCCUCAAUGCGCUCAGAUCCCAGCAGUCGCGUUUCCCGGCACGUUUCGGAAAACGAAACCGACAACACCAUCAGUCAUCUGACGCUGGAAGCGCUGCGCCAUUACAAAAAGCUGCACCCCAGCAACUUCCAUCAGUCGCAAAUCGAAGAACAACUAUAUGAGCCGGGGAUCUUCGUGACCAGCGAGAAAAUCGUGAAAAUGUUGGCCAGCAUGCUUCAUAUCGGGCUGGACCCGCCAGACUGUAAAAGCACCUUCUACCAGCCGGUGGUGUUUUACUGCUCGUCCAAAACCCCGUUUUUCUUGGAACUGUUUUCGCGGACGAUGUGGCUGUUAUCGCGCACGCGAAGGGAAAUGAAAGCUUCUACUUACGCCGACUACCCGAAGGUGAUGCAUAUUUUGCAGAAACAGGUGCGAAUGGCCCUGAAAACUAAACCGCAGGACUUCAAGAGAUUGACCGAGGAGAUGAAGAGCACCUCCUUUCAGGGGGUUAUCGAGAACGCCCAGAACGAGAAAGAGCAGGAAAUAUUGAACCUGAUUGAAGACCAUCCUUGCGUUCGCGACCUGAAAAGGCAGUACAUGAAAAAGAACGAGCUUUGCGUGUUUCAAAACCGCACCAACUUGCUGAUGGAGGGCGAUCGGUUUCCCAAAGUGCUCGGUAAAAAGGCCCAUGGGCAAAUCUUUGUGAAACUCGGCAAAAACUUAAAGGACCUUCAAGUCUACGACGUUGUAGACGUGAAGGCGCCAAACGCCAGCCACAAGCUGAUUCAGACGUUCAACAUCGAAGACAUCACGCACGUAGUAUUAGGCAAGACGUGCCAGCACUCCACUCUGUGCCAAAACCCCGAGCAGGCUUUUUCCAUUGUGGUCGAACACGAGGAGAAGAUUAAGUUCAUCGCCGAAGAUGAAAAGACCGCCUGUUAUUGGGCCGACGGUCUCUUCCUGCUGAUGAAGCACGACAGACCGAAGAAACUCAGCAAGUACUACACAGAAGAGCUGGACCAGCUGGUUGUAAUGGACAUUCGCUUGCAGCUGUUGGAGCUGCAAAAUGUUCCCAUCCCUAAAAACCCUCCUCCAAUUCCGCCGUUGCCUGCAAAUAUUAAGCCCGAAAUUGCACCCAAACCAAAGCCUCGAAAAUUCGGGCGUUUGAAAUAAACAUGUUCUUGAUUUAA